AUGGCCACCCUCCCCCUGCUCGCCUCCGCCCACAGCGCCGUCACAUUCGAAGACGUAUUCACGAUCCACUCCCUCGACCCCGAAGGGAAAAAAUACGACCGCGUCUCGCGUCUCUUCGCGCGGAGUCACGCGUUCGACAUGGACCUCGUGCUCGAUUUUCACUGCGAGAUCUUCCCCCUUAGGGAGGGGGAGACGGUCACCGUUGUGUUGGCGAAGAGCUUGCAGAAGGGGCUGUAUGAGGAGCCGGAGGAGAAGAAGGAGCUCGCGAGUUGGAGGGUUGAUGGACCGGUGGGGUUGGAAGAGUACUUUGACUACGUGUGUUAUGGGAAGGUGUAUCGGUUUGAUGAGGGUGUGGGGGAGAAAGUAACAGCCUACAUAUCCUUUGGCGGGCUGCUAAUGACCCUCUCCGGCUCCUACAGGAACAUGGGCACAGUCACCGUCGGCGCCUACACCUAUCUCUUGGUAAGGAGGACGUUGUUGACUUGA